AUGGAUCUCCAUCCUAAUGCCAAAAUAAUCUACUUUUCAACGAAUCACGGAGCGUUUGGUAUUAAAGAUCUUCGCGAACCUGUUAAUACAUUUAAAGAAUAUAUUUUACAUCCCAGAAAGAUUGGGUGUUUGUCCAUUAAUCCACUCCGACCAGAAUUGUUAAUCACAUCCUCUCUGGAUAGAUCUAUUCAACUUUGGGAUAUUCGUAAUUUGAAGGUUAAUAAGAGAACGCCUAUUCAAAAGUUCACUUUUAACAAUUCAGUCACGAGUUGCUACUGGAGUCCGAGAGGUGAUCAGGCAGUAUUUACAUGCUAUGAUGAUACGGUGAGAGUGUUUAACUUCGAUACUGAUAAGAAUUUGAAAUCAUCUUUGAUUAUUCCACACGAUAACAAUACCGGAAGAUGGAUAUCUGUGUUUCGUGCAACGUGGCACCCGAGCCCGGAUGUUCAUCCUCAUUUUAUUAUUGGCAACAUGAAAAGAUCGGCCGACGUGAUUUCCGGUGUAAACGGCGAAUUGAUUUGGAACCUGCGAGAUGAUGAGAAGUUAACUGCUAUACCCGCCGUUAACAUGUUUCACCCUAGUCUUAACUUUAUC